GUACACCCUGUCUUACAGCUGCUUGACUCAGGCCUUCUGCACGGCUCGCAUCUAAUCUUGAACGAUAUAUCUGAGAAAUCAUGGCCCCCAUCGGAGUAGCUAUUGUUGGAGGAGGCAUCUUUGCCAAGGAAGAGCACUUGCCUGCUGUGGAAGCAAGCGAUAACCUCACCUUGAAGGCCAUCUUCUCCCGCUCUCUCAAGUCCGCCCAGGACACGGCUAAACUCGUCACCAAUCCAGCCUCACCUGACUUGUACUCUGACGACGCGGGCGAGGGCAAGUCCUUCAAGGAUCUCUUGGCCCGUGAUGACAUCCAAGCUCUCAUCUUGGCCCUGCCCAUUCUGAACCAGCCCGACUACAUUAAGCAGGCCCUUGCUGCAGGAAAGCACGUCUUAGCCGAGAAGCCUAUCGCCGCCGACAUUGCUCGUGCGCAGGAGCUGAUCGAGUACUACAAAAAGGUGUCCGCCGAAAAGGGCGUGACCUUCGCCGUGGCCGAGAACUACCGUUUCCAGCCCCGCUACACUACGGCAAGAGACGAGGUGCGGAAGCUAGGCAAAGUCAUCGGCUUCAACGUGAGGGUCUUCUUCUUCGUGAAACUGGGCGGCAAGUACAUUGAGACUGCGUGGCGCAAGAAGCCCGACUACCAGGGUGGAUUCCUCCUCGACGGCGGCGUCCACUUCGCCGCCGCCCUUCGCCUUCUGCUCGGCAAGGACGCGGCGCCGGCCUCGGUUGCCGCCUUCUCGGACUUGACCCGGGAGCACCUGCCGCCCAUUGAUACCAUCAAUGCCGUCGUCAAGACCAAGCAGGGCGCCACUGGUUCCUUCGCCGUCAGUGUUGGCUCAACCCUGGGUGCCUUCGAUUUCCACGUGGCGGGCGAGAACGGCAGUGUGACCUUGUCGAGUCACGAUCUCACUGUCAAGCCCUUCGACGGCGAGGCAACAACAACUCAUUUUGAACAGACGAGUGGUGUAAAGGAGGAGGUCAAGGCCUGGGCCGAAGGUUUGGCCGCCGGAACACCAAACCCCCUGCAAUCAGCUGAGGAGGCGCUGGCGGACUUGGAGUUCCUUGAGAAGAUCUUCACGAGUGGUGAACAGGAUGGCGCAAUCCAAAAGCUGAACUUGCAGCUGUAAACUGGUAGAGAAAUUGGUUAGGAGAUAAGCUCCAUGGCACAAGUGGGUGGGUGAUAGAGUUCAAUUUAGAGCUUGUUUUCCCUGCCAUCCACCACCAGAAGUCGCCGUAGACCCCUCCG